AUGCCGGCGUUAUCUGAACGGGACUUGUUGAGUGUGGAGAAGUUUUCAAAUGCCAUGAAGGCGGCGCUGGGGCGCAAUAGUCGGCAAGCAACGUUGCGGGACACGGACCCACAGAGUACCACCGCAUCAUUACCUGCUAUCACAUCGAAUGACAUGGCAACGAUAGUGUUGGAAAGGCGCCUUUGGGCGGAAGUGGCCGUGGUGUUUUGGCGCCUCGCCAGUCGUCAGCAGAUGCAUCUGCUGGCGUAUGUGACCACCGAUGUCAUCCGUGACUUGUGUAGUCUCUGUGACGGACUACUGGACCACAUCCGGACCACAUUUGCGAGCCUUGGGCCCAGUGCCUCACCCCUUCAGAUUGUGGAUUGCGCCGAUUCCUUCGGCGCUGAACACAUUUUUUUUCUUUUGAGUAACUUUUGCUCGCCUAAAAGUUGCAUCAGCAUGGUGGGUGGUGAGGAUACGCUUGGGAAGGAGCUUCAUAGUCAUGUGUGCAAGGUGCUUGCGGAGCAGGACCACCUGCAGUGGAUGACACGUUUGUUUCGUGCCUUUUGUGAUGAGUCGUGGCGGAGGUAUUUGGAAAAAAGUAGCAUUUCAGAGACUGUUGUUUCAGCCACGCGUGAAGUGCUGCGAUGCCUUUCACAUUGCUGCGCCACAAGUGAGACGUGUGCGCAUCUGCUCAUUUACACCGAACCUAGACCGCUAGUGGCACAGUUGUUGUACGGCCUUCGUCUACGCAUCUCCACCAACACCCUCAUUCGACCCAUUGUCGGCGCUGGCUCCACGUGGCAAGGUGGUGAGCGGCCAGCGUCCCCCUUGUCCACUUCGGCUGUGCAUGUGCCAACCCGCAAAGCCGAACUCGCAGAGUACCUGGCCUCUGGGCGGAAGAAUGCGUAUGAUGCGCUAAGUAGGGAGGCCCUCAAUGCUGCGGUGGUCGCUGUGAAGAAAGCGGUGGCGUACGACACACCUGACGUUGUGGUGGCCCUAUGUCACAUCAUGGAGGUCAGUUCUCGUAGCAUCGUGCCACCACAAGGGGGGGAAAAGAAGCUGCCAAUGAGUCUGCAGAUUGCUAUGUAUGAAAAUGUCCUAAUGGCGUGGGAUGCCCUGUGUCAAUUGAUACUAACAAGAGACGAUGCCCCAUUGCGUCACGACAUUGUUGCUAGUCAAGAGGCCGUUUUGCAGCAGCUUCUUAAUUACAACCCGGCAGGGUGUGUACGGUGUCUAUUGCAGCAUUGUCCAGAUAUUGUGGACUGCGACUUGACGCUUUUUCAGACGAUAGCGAUGUUUUGUACCCCUCCCUCUACAAGCAGCAUGCAACACCCUCCAUCCGCGCCGGCGCCACGCACAGAGCACUCCACACAUCGAAUUGCUGCGAGCACUGACUCUUUAAAUGAGAGCAUAUGCAGCCGAAGUGAGUCAGUGAGUUCCCUUACAAGUAGCGUGCAUCUAGCACGAUCAGCACUGCCUGAAACCACCGUGACACGUACUUUGAAUCGUGUUCGACCGUCAAGGAUAAGUUUUUGGCCUACCACUUCUUUUGUUGGUGGUGUUGGUGGUCACUUGGCUCAUGCACAAACCACACCAUGCUCUUUGGCGUUUGAUGAUGAGGGUUACGUUUCUCCGUAUCCACAAGGAUCCAGUGAUGCGGUUUUGGAUUAUGUGUUAUCACCGGUUUUUCCGCUUUCAGUUGUUGAUGGAGAGGAAUGGUGGUACAGCAACAAGCCAUACGUGGAGCUUAUACUCGGUCUGACUCAAGUGCUGAAUGAAACGUUUACAGACACCACCACAUCACCCUCACUACGUCUAGUCAUUUGUACACUGCUCACACAGAUCAGUAUGCGUAGCUCCAGUGCUUUUGCAGCAUCUGAGGGACGUCUAGUGUUGCGUUCAUUUAUUAGGGCACUACGAGCAUACGGCCAACAUUCACGGAGGACAUCUACAUCAACCCAUAGCUUACCACACAUGGAAGAGCCCAAUAUUCUACGUAGGAUGACUAUUAUUACACCUGAAAAAGAGAGAGGGAAAGGAUCUCAUGAGUGUAUGGACGAGGAUGCGGUGUAUGUUCUGUUGGCUCAAAGAAUUGCUGCAGCCAUCUGGCACGUUUAUCAUGUUUUGCACAUGAUACCCCUCUCAGGCGAGAUGGUGGACCUUAUUGAGCUGCCUUUAUUGUCGUUAUGUUGGGGAGAGGAGGUGGAGCCAGAGGUGGUGGAGCCGGAGGAAGGUGCUAUAAGAACAGCUGCUGGGGCUCGCAAAACACUCACCUUCCUGUUUGCCCCGCUAGCGCGGGUGUGGUACACGGGGCUCCUGAGCAACGAUGAUGAAGACUUUAACAAGCGUUCACAAGAGGUACUGAUGGAGGUGCUGCUAGGCUUGCUGAGAGUGGGUGGGGUGCUGUUGACGGCACCGGAAGUCCCACGUGUCUCCUUGACGGCCCCUGCUUCUUCCACGUCAACUGCAACCUCCACAUGGAAUGCGACGCACUCUGCAGAGAGCAGUUUAGUAUCCUUCGAGGCGGAGGUUCCGCCAGUGGAGUUUAGCGACACCAUCAAGUCACUGCGUAGAAUAUUUAUGAUUCUCCUGCAGCGUGACCCAGGGUUCCUUUCCUUUGAGAUACUGGAGGUGUUGUUCUCCCUCCUUUGGGUCAAUAAUGCCCAGCUGACGGAGUUAGGUCGGAAGUGUAUUGCCAGCAGCCUUGACUUUGGGGAGGUGUACCCAACAUACACGAAAAUUAUUCAAAGCGCGGACCCAUCGUUGUUGACGAAGCUGCUGCCGCUUUUCGCGGCAGAGCUCUUGUCACCGGAGGUGUCAACGGAUGCCAAACACGAACGUCGCGUAUGGCUUUUCAAACAUGGUUGUGUCAAUGCCGUGAUUGCCGUCUUGCAGCGUGUGUUACUUGCCUCGCACAACGUGGUGUGUUUCCCACGACUUAUUCAACAGUUGUUUUGUUUUCUUUCCGUGUCGGAGUCAGCACAGGGUCGGGAACCGAGGCUUGCAGACACUCAACUGGUACAUGUUUUCUCAGAGAGUCUUCAUUGCGUGGAAAGGGUGGAGUACCUUAUUUUUAUUGCCCAGGCUGUCCUUGGGGCGUCCACUUCAAUGUUUGACGGGUACCAAGACCAAAGAUGUCGGGUUAAUAAACACGGGCCUUUUGCUCUCUCAGUUCCGAAUUGCUCAGUGGAAAAACCGGUGUUUAUCGAUUUGUUCCCACCCCUACUGCAGCAUGCGCAUGAGCAUGCCAAGAGCCUGGAGAGCGAUCUACUUUCCGCCCUCCACCUCAUCCUAAAGAUGACGACAAAGGUGCACUCCAAGGCGCUUUUAGAGUGGGUGCUGCAGCGAAAGCAGACGACGCUGCUGCCGUACUUGGACUUCGAUGCAGCCGCAGCAUACAAUGUCCUGCCGUACGUAGGCGACCGAGGUGAGAUUGAGCCUUUCUGGACACCCAUUCUGCAGGAGGCUCCGGAGCGGGCGGAGCUACGCUUCAGCUGCACUGGUGGUAUUGUUGUGACAAUGGGGCGUUGGCCUGAAAAGGGUUUCUCCGUCUCAGCGUACUUUUGUUUUGAGGAGAUCUAUAGCAAUAUACAACUAUUUGAGUUUUUCAAUGGGGAGGCUUCGUCACCGCCUCUUGCGUCCAUCCGCAUUGCAGGUGGUGAUAGUGUAAUUAUUCUUCAUGAUGGGAAGCGGGUGUCGCUUAAUGAAAGUCACGCGCUGCCGGAUCUUGCACCGCGGCGAUGGGCGCAUUUUCUAGUCGUUAUGAGCGUGGCACACACAGUUAGUGUGUACCUUAACGCCAAUAAAGUUGGGACCUGCACACUGCCCUACUUCCGUCCCUACGUGGAGGUGGUGAUGCACAUAGGCUUUGUCAAUGCCCCUGUGUACGAUGCCCUCUUCUCCAUUGGCGGGGUCGUGCUGUGGGACGAGGAACUGACGGCACCACAGGUGGAGGCGUAUGCUGCCACGACGGGGUAUCAACCAAAUGUGUGUAAAAUUUUAGAACGUGAGAUACCACGUGAGCUUGCGGAUAAUCACGAGAUGUUGCCUGUUGAAGACCGCAUCGCCGUGUUUGAACCCCACGAAACCCGUGAUUCAAUGAUGGUUAACAUUCUACAAAAGGCGUCAAAAAACUGCCCUAUUGUUGCCAAGCUCACUGGCAACUACGCCGCGGCACCGAAGAACUGGAUUGACUAUCGUGCUCUCUUUUUAAACCAGGGUGGUAUGCUUCACCUGCUUGACUGGGUCGUUCAGUCUGCCACAUCAGGGGAAUUGGAGCGGUACAUGGCACUCGUAGCUGACUGUAUCCGGAACGUCACCAAUGGUGGCACCAUGGACUUUAGAACGUACACACUACUUGGCUUUCAUCUCCGUCGUCUAGCCCACCUCGUGACCCCGGCUGUGUGUGAUAGUUUACUGCAUCUUGCCACUGCGAACGUGAGCGUCAAUGAUGAGUUGCAUCCUUUUAUCAUUAAUCGACUAAUGUUUGAUCAUAUUUUUCGUGAUAUUGAGCUUUUUGCGGGGAUGCCAUUGGACUCUGCCCUCUACCUGAUAGAGCGUCUGGAGAGACUCUUCACGGUUGCCUCUUGCCGUUUUGCGAGGCGAAACGCCAAUUAUGUUAUACCCUUUCGAUUUAUUGACAGUAUUCUUAAUGGGUUAGUUUAUGCAAACGUUUCUUUGCCCUUUGCCGUGCGGGCUCGUAUAAUUUUGUGCGUGAAGCAUAUUAUGAUUGCCUCUGACUUUGAUCCAAAUAUUGUUCACGUCCUUGCGUCCACAGCGGCGGUGCUCACGCCGGGGGAGAUGGAAGUGACAAGUCUCCUACAACCCUCAUUGCGAGUCAAGCUUCCCAAAGCACAGUUUACGGAGAUACGUGUGUCGCUUCAAGGUACGUGCGAUCUCACACCUUUAAUUCUGCGCAGUCUUGUAGAUUGCUGCGGCAGUAGCAUGUUUGUUUCGGCCCUUGGAGUUAUUGUGGAUCUUAACUGGUACGCCGUUUGCGUCUCACGCUUUGCGGACGCGUCAUGUGUUGUGUACGCCACUCGACUCUUCUUUGAGGCACUGCGGUCGAAUACAGGCCUGCGUAAUCAGGUGAUGCACCACCCUGCUGCUGUUGUGGAGGCCCUCUCCCCACAUUGUCUGAAUGUAGACUUACUGUUGCUUUUGCUGAGCCUCAGUGUGGGUGCUGAGGGGCGUAUUGAUGUUCUUUCCUCAAAGCACCCGCUUCUUCAACAGUUGGUUGGAAUUUUGGACUCUAUGACACCGGAGUUGGACACCGUUGUGGCACCAAUCUUCUCCAAGGUUCUUACGCUACAUUUAACCGCGGCGUUGUCCACGCCUGCGUGCUUCCGACCAUGUAGUCUCAGUUCGGUGAUACAGAGGCGCAUGUGUUGCUCUUAUCGUCUGCGCAGGCCCUUUGGGCUGGCGCGGGUGUGCAGUAUACUCAUGAUUCAGAUAUAUGUCAGGCGACUCCUGUCGAAGACGACCGAAGCCGGCACCAUGGCGUCAGCAGCAGACCGAGGGGUACCAGGGCAAUCAUCACUAAAGGAAGGUGGCUUCAGCAGUGACGUGACGGCGGAUACCACAAAGACACCCGGAUUUUUGGGUAAACAUCGAAGGGCGUUGCUUGCAUUGCGUGUGUGUGUGUUUUUCUGGCACGGCCUUCAACGCAGACGAUACAAGAAGGUAUUGCAGCGCAUGAGGGGUACUGCGCCUCUGAUGGUCUUGGAUGUUGAUUUAGAAAAAAAUCUUUUUAUCCUUCGCACGCUUCAGAGUCUACCGCUGAAGCAGGGCCUUUUUUUGCCGUGCACGCUUUCGCCGUACCAAAUUGAGGCUUUCGCCUUCUUUGGGACAUUCUUGCAACGUGAGACCGUCCUGUCAAGAUGUGAGGAAAAAUUGCAGUCUCGCUAUUUUGGAGCUGUGCCCCUUACCGCCGCCAGCUACCCAGGGAUGAUUCUGAACAUGGAGGCUACGGGAGGCAGCGAUGUCUCUGCAUUUUUUUCAAAAACCUGUGAUGAGUGGCGGUCCUCGCCGCUGACACACAUUACUGGCACGGGCGAGGUGGUAAUGCAUGGCGUUGAUGGUACGAGCACCGCGGUGGAGGCAGAAGCAGAAGAGGGAGAAAAAGUAAACCGGCGACAGGAACAACACCGACGACAGCAGCAACGGCAGAAGGGGGAAAAGGAGGGGGUGACGGAGAUGAAAAAAGAAGAGAUUGUCAAAUUAAAGCAUGAGGAAGAGUCGGAGCAUCACUGUAAUAUGCCGCCAACAGCGACACUGCCUACGGAGCACCGCAAACGACAAAUAAGGUCUCCUUUACCAAAUUCCCCCUUGCAUGAUGAAAAAGGUUUCUCUCAUUCGCCACCGUUGCUUGCCCUCUCUGUUUCCACGGAUGCUGCAUCGUUGCCUGAAAGCAUGGAGGAGCGUGCUGCCAGCGCUAGUGAUAGCAAGCUGGAGCUGACAAUGGACGCUGGCAUCUUUUCUGAUGAUGAUAGGCAUGUUGAUUCUAGGCUUGCUGGACUCGCCUUGUCUGUUGCAGGGAGUCCAUUGCAUUCUGAAUUAGAGGAGGCUGUGAGUUCGGACGUGGCGAUAGGCACCUUUGCUCCCUUAACUAACCUUCGGUCUUCCGCGACAAGGUCCCUGCAGAAGUCUGCUGUGGGGGUUUUGUCACACACCGUUCUUGCCUCACUGCUCAACUUGCCUGUCACUGAAGGGUGGGUUGGGGAACAGACGUACGGCUCCUGUGGGGAGCUGCUGUUUCAGCUUAUGCUGGUCGCUGGCGCCAUGUCAAGUACCGAAGAGGUGACGUUAACUUUGACGUACUUCUUCAUUGACCAGUUGCUGGUGUGCGUUGAUUUGGUUGAGGGCCUCGCGGAACAAAAACCAUCUUUUAUGUCGUCGCUGAAAGGGAGCGGCUUGGAACUCUGCGCCCGACGGGUUAUUUUGUUGCAGGACUCUGUGUCCGACGUCUUUGUCUUCAAUGUUUGUCGGCUGAAUGAGCUGUUUGUGCACCUUAUUUCCUUUGAUGUAAUGAAGCUGUCGAGCCUCUCUUCGUACUUUGUUUGGUUACUUGGAUGGGCCUCCGCCUCUUGGCCGCAUUGUUCGCAGCAGCUGCUCCGCUCACAGAUCGUGAAGAGCUGCAUCGCCGUUCUAAACCGACCGUCACUUAAUGGAAUCACGUCUGAGCAGAUGGAAAUUGUCUACAUGCUGCUUAGCCGCGUUUUCUGCCCGAAGUGGAUCAUGAAGGAUAUGUUUGAGUGUUUGCUGCAUGUGCUCUUUCGUCUCUACACAUCCUUGCCGCCAUCCACCAUGGAUGAAGCGGAAACGCAAAGACGGAAGGAGCUUGUUGUUUUGACGCUGCGCCUUAUGAUGCGCACGUAUGCAGGGAGCAAAGAGCUAUGCAAGGCACUCUCUGCACGUGCGCUGCGGCAACGUAUUUCACUUUAUAAGGAGUUUGCGGCUGCUCUUCUUGUGCCGGAUGAAGCCACGGCUUUUACGGCCUUUGAGGCGUACUGCCGAGAAAAUAUGACCACGAUUGGCAGCGUUAUGUGCUGUCGACCUAAGGCAAAGGCGGAUAUCGCGUACAAAUCCAUGUUGAAGGACCGCAGUGAAUACGUAAAACGCAUUAACAAAUUUAGGGAGGCCUACAGCAAGACGAUUGAGGUUAGUGAUGAACACCGGCGAGUGCGACUUGUUCAGGCAUACACCGCCCGCUUCUCCUCCUGUGUUGGAGACAUUUCUCCAUUGAAGCCGAGCCAAUGUAAUUGGCUCGUGACAGAGCAGUGCUCAUUACAGCGGGAUAGUCCCCGUGUGCGUGCAUUGCACUAUUUAGAUUCCCGCGGCAACUACACAACGAUGAUAUCGGAUUGUGUCACGGAGGAUAACGCAUCUAUGGUGCCCAGCGCAGACAAUUGUGAGCAACAGCUCAACCACGUCUCAGCCUUGGUACAGCCCUUCGCUAUUCGUUGCCGACCGUAUCUGCUCCAAAGUUCGAUCCCAUUUGUGGAUGGUCGUUGCCGAGUGAGUCCAGCGGCGGUCUCGUUGCUUCGAUACCUCCUUGAACCGAAUGAAGUCCUGCGCUUCAUUAGCAACGGCUUCCGCAUCAAGGGCAUCCACGCCACACCGUGUCUUAUUCUCUUGACUAACUCCACGUUGAAGCUGAUUGGGUUCUCCCGCAUUACGGUGGCGGGGGACAUCGUUCUUUGCCAGUGUGCAAACGAAGAGUCCGGUGAGCCCGAUUUUUCCACCACCAGCAGCGUGUCGAAGAGUUCGAGGGCCAAGGGAGGUUACCAGCUUACUGCACAGAGCUUUGCGUUCUCCAUGACGAGCAAAUUGCAGCGCUUUCUCACAGACGGUGCUGGAAAAGAGCGACGGCGGCGUAAGAAAGAGGAACUCCACGAUGGGACCAAAAUUGCAUAUUCUGUUCGACAAGCAUCGGGAAACUCUUACCGGGACCUAUUUUGGGUGUAUUUCUUGCAGAACAUUAGUAGCGUACGCAUGGCAUACUACAUGCAUCAGGACACUGCCAUUGUUUUUAAAUUUAUGUACGCUGAUGGACCCAUGCUAUCGUUGGUGGACGCACAACAGUCGAUGAACACGUCUGCCCGGGAUAAAUUUCUGGACGUCUUGAAGGAAGUCCUCGGCAGACAACGUUGUAAAUUUCAUGAACACUCACAACGCGCCGCGAGGAUUCGCUCGAUGCUUAUCCGCUGGGCAGCAGGCUCAGUCUCUACCUAUGACUACAUCACCUUUCUCAAUCGCGUGGCGGGCCGUACAAGGUUGGACUUUAACCAAUACCCCAUAUAUCCAUGGGUGCUUGCUGAUUACAGGUCGAGUGAACUUGACCUAGACGCCGCGAAGACGUACCGUGACCUCUCCCUUCCCAUGGGAGCCCAGACGGAGGAGCGACGCCAAAAAGUGAUGCAGUUAUACCAGCAGAUGGUGGAGAUGCAAGCGGCUGAUCCGGAGGUUGGAGGCGUUCAGCCAUUUCAUCAUGGGACGCACUACUCGACAAGCGGAGGAGUAUUACAUUUUCUCAUUCGUGUGGAGCCCUUCACAACAUUUGCACGCAUAUUUCAAGGUGGUGAGUUUGAUGCUGCUGCACGUCUAUUUGACUCUGUGGAAGCUUCCUUCCAAUCGUGCGUGAAUGGCCCUGCGGACUGUAAGGAGUUGAUGCCGGAAUUCUUCUUUGAUGGUAUGUUUCUUGUAAACGCAAACCAUUGUGGGUUUGGCGAGAAGUCAGACGGCACGGUUGUGAAUGACGUGAAGCUUCCUCCCUGGGCGAAGGGUUCAACGCAGGUGUUUGUAUCUGUUAUGCGGUACGUAUUAGAGAGUGAGUUUGUCGUACACAACAUUCAUCGAUGGAUCGAUUUGAUCUUCGGUGUACGCCGCCGCGGAAGACUGGCUGUGGAGAGCUACAAUGUGUUUCAGCGUAUGACGUACGGCGAAGAAGUUCUCCAGGCGCUAAAAAAGUGUGAUAACCCGCAUGACACUGAUGUCAUUAUCGCCGAGGUGGAUAACUUUGGACAAACUCCAAUGCAACUGUUUCAGGAGCGGCACCCCGCACAGAGGGAGCUGGAGCCGUGCCAUCCCCCGAGUAACAGCGGCAGCAGUGGAGCGAGUGGUGCCAAUUGCAUGGCCAACGGUACUGUGCGACGCAGUGGACACACCUACACGACGGCUUUUCAAGAACAAUUGCCGAAGGUGCUCGUCAUGAUUAUGCAUGCGCUAGACUCACCACAGACAUGGUACACAUUGGAGGAUCCAGCGCCAGGAAGUUUUCAGGCUCUACCUGAAUGCCUCUCAGAUGACAUUCUCAUCCGUGAGAGCGCUGUAAUUGGUUUUGCUACGACACGAAGUGGAGUAAAGAGGUGCUGCUACAAGUACGCCUCACCGGUUGACGACAUGGACCAUCUACUUUACUGGAGUUGUAGUGAACAUAUGUUGAUGCGAUUUGAUAGCACGAGAGGUUGUUUCUUGUCAUCCCUGCGGUGCAAUUCGAUGAGCGUUAUUCUCAAGAACGUCAGUGCCCUUUGUGUGGGCUGCCGUGAAACACUGAUUUUGAUUGGGUCUAAUAGCGGCAGUGUGCACUGUUUUGGUCCCAUCCGAAGCGAUGGGAUCUUGGUGCUCACCUCUACACUCUCCCACCACACGCACCCCAUUGCGGGAUUUGCGUUGAACGCCAAAUACGGUCGCAUUAUCAGCUUCACUGUAAGUGGCACAGAUUGUCCGGUUGUGUGGUGUGUGCAGCAUCGUCACACAGCUAAGUUGCACCUGCUAGAUGCCUCUCGCCUGCUUUCGUCGGCAGCCGCGUCUGACCUUGUCGUGGUGGCAGCCGUGAUUGACCCGAGAACGGCAAAUUCAAUUGUCAUCACGCGUCGACACCUUUUGAUCUUUGACAAGCAUGGGGAGCCGUACGGUGUCGGCGCUCUCCCAGGCCUGAACGAGACUGCGCCACACCUUGAGGACGAAACGGGGCAAGUUGGAUUUGCGGUGGGCACCGACACCACGUUUAUCGCGAGUAUGACUGCUGUCACGACAUACGAUACACUUGAGUGGGCAUCUGGCGUUCAACUCCUCCUCACAGGGCAUGACGACGGCAGUCUAUCGUUGUGGCGUGCGGUGCGGCUGCCGCCUUCCAAGGUCAAACACGGCUGCAUUGUGUCUGUAAAGUACCACGCUAUUAUUGGGGCUGGCAGUCAAACCUCUCGCCUCGGCGCCGUCACGGCGUUGAAGCAGGAGCAAUCUGACGUCCCAGUCUUCCUCGUUGGCUACGCCAGCGGUGCGGUGAAGGUGCUCAUCUUCGGGAAUCGCACGGCGGACACGACGAAGACGGUGAAGAUGUAA